ACACGUGAACAUGAAGUUUCGUUGCGACUGAAAAUAAAGUUCACUUUCGUCUCACCAAUUGCCUAGGAAACAAUAUCCAGAGCUCAACUGAAUUUAGAAAUGGCAGAGAAGUCGAACGCGGAUGCGAAGGCAUCUAAAAACAACAAGUACAUGACGAGCGAGGAUCCUGAGCAGCCAAGUGAAUCGUCCACCCAGAAGGAGAAGGGUUCGCAGUCUUCAGAGUCCGAGGAAGAAUACUUUAAGAAUGUGUCCGAGCGCUUCGAUAAGGACAUAAAGGACCUGAAAGAUCUGAUUGCCCUGAAUGAGAAGGAAUGUAAUAGGCUGUUAUUCGAUCGCCUCCUGGAUGUAAUCAGAGUGGAAAUAGAAGAAAAGCUACAUUUGCCGAAGAAAUAGUAUAUUAACCUAUUCCCAAAAUACCAAUGUAUUAUCAUGUAUGGUCUUGACGCAUAAAUAAAAUAAUAACAAU